UUUAACUGCACAAAUGAGGAAGCAGGAAGAGUUGUCACCCUUUUAGUACCCGUUUUUGCAAAUGCUUGCGCCUGGAAGUAGGAUUGAAUAUACCUUGUGAUUUCUCAUAGAGCCCAGCAGUGCUACUUCUGUAUUGGUUCUUUUCGUUGAGUACUCGGCUGCACAUGUAUUAAAUCUAAAGUCUUCUGAUCUGUCUGAGGUUUACGUAGCUGCAGGUAUAACAAAAUGGACCUCGCCUAUUCCAUUGUGGAUUCGGACAGCCAGAGGCUGGGUCGAGUAAUGCUGGCCACGCGGGAUCUCCUUCCUGGGGCCGACAUCUGCGUGGACCGACCUUGUUUGGAGUAUAGCUACCGAAAGAGCAAUAAAGGAGAAAUGUGGCAGAAGGCAUGGACUAACUUUCUCGCACUACCGCGUGCAAAACAGGAGUUCAUACUCGCAGAUUACGCUAGUGGAGGAUCCUUUGUAGCGCCUGAUGUUCGUGUUAGCCAUGUGAGUGAUGAAAGUGGGUAUGAUAGGCACAACAACAAGGGGUUUUCUUCCGCAGCAGCUCUUCCUGGAGAUGCAAAUAUGGAGGCGCAAAAUGAAUACCAAAAGCUGUGCCGUAUUUUGAAGAACAAUGUUGCCACAAGCAUGCUGGUCGGCGAAGAAGAGGCGGACGAGGUGCGCUGCGGCUUGUAUCCAGUUGUAACGAAGGCCAAUCACAGUUGCCAGCCUAAUGCCCAUUGGUACACCUUUGUGCCGCCGAAAAGUGGCUGUGCACAACAACAUGCAGCACUGCGUAUGAAACGGAUGCGAGCUUUGCGACCGAUAAAGAAGGGUGAAGAGAUCUUGGUCAGUUACCUGGAUUCUGCGGAGGAUUUGUACAAACCUAGGUUUCUGAGGCGGGCUAUGCUGUUGCGACAUAAACAUUUUCUUUGCGCUUGCGACCGGUGCUGCGGGACGUCGACCAGACGAAAAGCAUUAUUUUUUAGUACCUCGACGGACACAGCCAGCAAGACGGAGGAGAACUUAAACAAAGGGAACAAUAUUCCGCCUCCUGGAGAAGCAUCUGCGUUGGCAGCGACCCCUACCUCGUCUAGGCUCUUAUCGGCUAUCAAUCAUAUUGUCGAUCUCGAGUCGCCCAAGACCAGCGACAAGCGAGAAUCAAAAUCCGAGAAGAAAGACAUCGUCCAUCAGGAUCGGCUUUCGAAUAUGCUUCUCCAAAAUGUAAAUCUCGAUGACGACUGCCGCCAGGGCAUCGAUGCCACUUCGGAUCUCGUCGUUGACGUCGAAACUGGUGUUUUUACUGAGGAGGUAUGUUCACGCAAAGACCAACGGGAGCUACAGACGGCAAAGCUAAGUGAAUUAGAAUUUGCACUUUUAGAGCGCUGUGAAGGGUUUGAGGCUCUUGGAAACGGUGUGACGGUAGUCGCGUUACGGGAGCUGCUCAAAACGCCUGAGGAACUUGGAUUGAAGCUAACGACUAGUGGAUGCUUGCUAAACACCACCUCUUCUACCUCUACAAAUGGUACAGAAGAAUCCAAUUCAACACCUGCACUCAAUGGGGACCUCGCGCCACAGCACUAUCUGUGUCAUCGCCUUCUGUCGCAUCUCGUUGCGGCAUAUUUCGCGCUGAACCAGCGAGAAAAAGGCUUGGCAGUCCUCUUGCGUUACUGCAUGAAUAUAGAGGAAGUUUUAGGAGCUACUGCGCCUGCCGCGGGCUUGGCGUGGACGGAGUUCAUAGAUGAAGCCGACGUUUUGUUAGAAGGAAGUGCAGGCGGCCACAAAUAUUGGCGUGAAAUGCGCAGACUAGCGGAGGAGAAAGCCCGGCACUGUCUGGAAGUGUGCUACGACAAGUCGCACCCCUACAGGCAGAGCCUUUGAGAAGAAUCUUAUACCCGAUCGGCAUUCAUCUCUGGACAAAUCUCGACUCUCGAAUUAUCAUUGGUUCUGGAUAGAGAAAAUGUUUUGUCGUGUUUUCCAUCCAGGUCCCACUUCAUUUUCAAGGAGCACCAGUUGAACAAU